GUACAUCAUUUUGCCUGAUGUAUAUGGUUAUGUUGGUGAGGAGUUCAUAAUUCAAGUGACUAGGCUGUGUACCAUGGCAGACUUUUACCAUCCAGAUUCACAAAUCUCCUCACUACAAGAGUUUAUUUGUUCUUUGAAUCUUUCCACUCUUCCCAGGAUUUUGGAGAUCCAUUCUGGAGUAUAUUUCCAAGGUUCAGUCUAUGAAAUGUCGGGAAGUGAAUGCUCCUUGUCAACAGGGGAUCUCAUAAAAAUAAUACAGGUCGAGCUCCAGAAGGUUUUCUGUGAAAAUAUGGAAAAUGAAUGCAAAUUUGAUUUAUCAUUAGAUUAUUCAGGGCACUUCAAGCUUAUUCCCGAUGGAUACCCUUACACAUCAGUUGAGGAAAUCAUUAAAUCAUUAGAUAUUGAAAAUCAGAAUUCAGAAUUGAUCACCUUUCAGUCCCUUAAAGAUAUCAUCACAAAUGAUUUUGUUAUUGGAAAGGGAGACCCCAUAACAGUCACAUCAACUGAGUUUCGUGAGGGACAGAAAUAUGCGAAUUGUAUUGUGGAUGGUGAUUUUGAGCAGGUCCACGUUGCACUAUCGUUUGCUUUGAAAGGGGAGUUUUAUGAAUGUGAAGACAACAAGCUAUAUACUGUUAAGGACAUCGUGGAGUCGAAAAUUCUGACGAAAAGAAGAGUGAGUCUUGCUGAAGUGAAGGGUGUCUGCAUGCCGAAACAUUUUCAGGGGGCAUUAGUGCUGUCACCCGUAUAUGAAAUUCAAGCAAUUAUGCACUACAGAAAAGAGAUUGUGAAAAUACCUUCAACUUUGGAAGUUGAUGUGAGGGAUGUAACAGAGGAGCAAAAAGAUAUCACGUUCAUCAAACCACUGUCAUUGUCUGAUAUUAUAAACCAGUCACAUGAUCAAUUUCCAAUCUUGGUCAAAAUUCUGGAUGCCCCGGAACAGCAGCCCGCCUUUAAGGGUCAAUGGUUUCACUCACUGAGAAAGGGUAGAAUUUUGAAAAUUUAUAAGAAGCAGUUGCUGAAGCAUGUCCUGGCAACAUCCAUGCUCAACAAGGUGAACCGGCAUUUCUUAAUCUCCAUAAACUACAAGGGAUCCUUCAGAAGGCGGCCUAGAGAGUUUGUGACUGUGUUUGAUCUUUGCAAUGCCAUCAGCCAAGAGACCCCUUUGAAUGUUGUGGUUACAAGAGACUGCAUGUGGAAUGAAGAUGGAUUAUCUUCUUUAUGCGUGGGUGACCGCUUGGUCACUAUGUUUAGGACUACUACACAACUGAACUUUCAUGGCGUAAUUCAAAAUGUUGACAUGCUCAUGUGCAACAAGAUCACAGAAGAUGAAGAUGAGGAUGAGACUCUGAUGCUUCCUUUAUACCUGGAGGGUCAUUUUGUGGAAGAAGUCCAUGACACCAAGAGAUACAAAAUCUCAGAAAUAUGUGAUAAAUUCAAGCUACCUUUUCAAGUAAAAGUCACAUCAAAAGAUCCUACUUUACCAAAUGAUACCUUAACAGCCUUCCCAGCAAUCAAGCUGGAGGAAAUAAUUAUGGUACCUAAUCUGGUUGUCAGUUUUAAUGAACAGCCUUCUGAGUGCUUCUCAAUUCCAGUUGAAUGGAUAACCAUGACUGUCUGUCAUCUACAAGACUUUCCUGAGGAGGAUUGUAACCUUAAAAAUGCAACCUCAGUGGAAGAGUUGACUGAUUUCAUGUACUAUAAUCUGCGGAAAUGUUCUUCUCCAAAUCUGUGUCCACCACCUCGACCACCCAAAAAACCAAGCAAAAAGACCGUCAUGUCAGAUUCCACUCCAGUUCAACCCCCUUGUCGUUCUCCUAUACCAGGUUAUAUGCAGCAACAACCACCUUUACCCACUAAGGGAAUUCCUAUGCCCCUAAAACGUAACAUCAUCACCGAGAAUGAAGCAAUGCUACCAAGUUCGAGAAAACCCCCUUCCAUGCAACCUCUACAAGUUGCUCUUAAUGAAUAUACCAAAGUGCAAGAAGGGAAAACAAAGGUGUCUCCUGUACUCCCUGAACAGUCAGAUGAUGACAGUGAUCAUGACUAUGAACAGAUUGAAGAAGGAGUUACCCUGAUGGCUUUGCAGAAAAUGAAAAAAUGGGCAUUUUAGUAUUUGUAAAACAAGCUCAGCAGCCUGGUUGGGAUUAAGGAUAAGUAGCUUGUUCCAGAAUCUACUUCUAGCUGACUGCAAACUUAGCUUCAUCGAUAAGAAAUUGUUUAAUCCCAAGUAUUACAAAAGAACUGCUACUUUGGAAAGAAGUAAAGACAUUUUUGUGAAAAUGGAUUAAGUAAAAAAAACUCUCACUCCAGAACUUGUUUGCAGAUUUGAAUGGUUACUGAAUGGUGGCAGAUCAAUACUUUCAAAAUGAAAAUUAUCGAGGUGAUUCUUUCAGCCAGCUAAAACACAUUUAACAGUUGCAUGCACAUGGAUAGCAAUACAGCAAAAUAUCAUUUUGUUACUUUAAUCCAUUAAAAAGGAACAUUGAGAAACAUCCAAUAUUUGCUGUGAUUCCAAAUGGAUGGCUGCCCCACUUGUCAUUGUAAUGAAUCUACUCAGCCAGAAUAUUACUCAGCCAGACAUAGCUUAUGAUUCUGCAGCUGUGCAGUCCACUACACCUUGUCGUGAAUGAUGAUGGACAAUCAACAGUUUUCUGGAAACAGAGUCUCCACAAAUAUCUCCACUCUCAAUGAUGAGGAAGCAUUUGCCCAAAUAUCUUCAGCCAGAAGAGCUGACUGGGUCGUUCAUCUCAGUCUUUUCCUGAGGCGCCCAGCAUCCUAGAUGGUAAUGUUUAGCCAAUUUAAUCCACCCCUUGUGAUAUCAAUGUUAUGAUUGCAGCUGUUGUAGUCAUAUCUUAGACAGGAACCUGGCCUGAUAGAUCAUAUUCUGAUUUGUAUUAAUUUUAAUAAAGGGGAAGCACAAGCAUACAAGGCUGCAGAUUUUGUUUUAACAAUAAAACAAUAAACCGAGGAAAUGAAGAAAAAUAGAAUAAUCCAAAUUAUUUAUAAUAUAAUUUCAAAGAUUUUCAAACACACAAUGGAAGUAUAAUCCCAAACCAUUCGUUUAUAGAUUGAAAGGAGUUUUCCCUAUUCUGCAUGGGCUUCCUCCAAAUGCUCUGGUUUCCCUACCACAGUCCAAAGAUGUGGAGGUUAGGUGGAUAGGCCAUGCUAAAUUGUCUCAUAGCAUCCACAGAUGUGCAGGCCAGUUGGAUUAGCCAUGGUAAAUGCGGGGUUACAGGGAGGAGGAGUUGGAGCUAGAUAUGGGUGGGAUGCUCAUUGAACAGUCAGUGCAUACUCAGUGGACCAAAUGGCUUCUUUCUGCACUGUAGGGAUUCUAUGAUUCUAUGAAAAUAAAUAAAACAGAUUUCAUGUUGUACCCAAAGUAUCACUCAUGCAGUACUCAUACCAGAGUCCCUGUACCUUAGUAGAUUUCAGUUGUGACUCGAACUUUUAGACUGGAUCUGCAGAUAGUUUUCUCGUUGAGCUAUCACGCUUAAGUGUGCUUAGCUUUAAGUAACAUCUUCCAACACUUCUGGUCUGGGAUUAACACCAACUCUUUGCUUUAAGAUAAUCUAAUUUACUAUAUAUCCUUAGCAAAAAAAUUAAGAACUGGGGAUAGUGGAAAUCUGAAACAAAAGCAGAAUUUGCUGGAGAAACUCUGCAGGUAUGGCAGCAUUUGUGGAGAGAGAAACACAGUUAACAUUUCAGGUCCGGUAACCCUUCUUCAGAAUACAUAUCCCUCCUUUCUCAGGACCACUUUUCUGCAUAUCCAUUCUAUUCCAAGGAACUAACAGGACUGACUCAAGUCAAAAGUGAAACUAUAAGUCUCUCUCUCUCUCUUUCUCUCUCCGUCUCUCGCACCAUUGGAUGUUUUCCUUUAGCUUAAAAAAGAUAGUCCCAGAACACGCCAACAAACACAAAGGUGCCAUUAUAUGCCAGGUUGGUUUCAAAACAAUCUAAAUAAGCAAAAAUCCAUUUGUAAUGCACAAAACCCAUUGACUCUAAAGCCAAGCCUCAAAAACGCUUUAGAAGAAAUAGGCAUAGUUACAGAAAUGCCUGCAAGUUAAUUAUUAAUUUCAGACACAAAGAAAACCCUUUGGCUCUUAACUCAAAAACCAGAAAUCCAAAUUCACAACAAAUAACAUUAAAAAUUACAUGUAUAAAUCCCUUGGUUUACAUCACAUCAAGAAAUGAUUGAAAAACUGAAUGCUGGAAAUGGUAAUGAUCCUGACAACAGCCCAGCUGAAGUCACUUUUGCUCCAGAUAUAGCAGUGCCCUAGCCGAGCUGUUAUAGCACAGCUACUACAGUGGUAUUAUCAAACAAUGAAGAAACUUGCACAGGCAAGCCAUGUUCACAAAAACAGCUCAAAUCCAAUCCAGCCAACGGCCACUCCAUCAGUUUAAUCUCAAUCAGCAAAGCAGUGGAAAAUGUUAUUAGAAGUGCUAUGAACAGCACCUCCUCAGCAAUUACCUGCUCAACAAUAUUCCAUUUUGGUUCCACUAGCAGCACUCAAUUCCAGCCUUCAUCACAGCCCUUUUCCAUACAUGAACAAAAGAACAAAGUUCCAGAAGUGAACAGAGCAUAACUGUACUUUAUAUCAACACAACCUCUCAAAAUUGAAAUCAAUGGAAACUGUGUUUGCGAGACCUUUCCAUUGUUUCCAAUCAUAUCUGCCACAAAGAUAGUUGCUAUUUUUGGAGGCUAAUCACUCAGCCCUGGGAUAUCGCUGCAGGAGUUCAAGGUAAUGUCCAAGGUCUAACCAUCUUCAAGUGCUUCGUUAAUGAACUUCCCCCCAUCAAGAGCCAUUAGCAGCAGCAUUUCAAAUAAUAAAGACAAUUAAUUCGAACCCUCUGAUUUGUCAAGUCCUUGGAAAAUUCUGGAAGGUAACUAGCAGGGUAUAAGAACCCAGCCUGGCAGGACUCGGUGGGGGGUGAGGGGUGUGGGGGGGUGUGGUGGGCACUCUCCACCCGACCUAGAGGCCCCUCGGGAGAUGGCAGUGACUGGAGAAGCUCGCCUUUCAACCAGAGAAAAAGAAAGAGAGAGAGAGAAUCAACCCAUGAGGAGAGGAAUGGACUGAACAAUUUGUUAGACCAGCAAAAGUACAAGUAUCUGGGAAGUAUUUCAAGUCUGUGAAGAAUUGGAUAGUUAGCAAUAGAUUUGUUAAAAGUGUAAAAUUUAAAUUCUUAAUCUUUGUUGUCUUCAAAUAAAGUUGCAUCAUGGUUCACUGAC